AAAAAAAAAAAAACAACUUUUAGCCUUCAGUCAAUCGCUCCAUUGACGACGACGACGGUGAUACGACAGCGUUUCGUUGAAUCAGCAUUCUUCAAGGAUCGUUGUUGGAGGCAGAUCGAGUGAUGGAAACGCCGGAAGGUUCUAGAUCCUCUGUUAAACGAAGGAGUACGGACACCAAUGAGACAAAUUCAUCGACGACAUGCUUGUUUGAUGCUCACAAGAACAGGAAAGUUGAUACUACAAAUCCAUUUGCUCUUAGAGAUUGGGUGGUAGGACUCGAUUCUGCUGAUUCUGCUGAGUAUGGUUCUGUGACAAAAGACAUAGAAUAUCUUGUUUCGUUGAGGAAGCAGAUGUUGGCACCUGUUUUCACUAGAUUUCCCUCACUUAGAGAAGAUUUAGUGGAUUCGAAAUCUGGGAAGGACUCUCCCAGUGUGAAUGAUGACGCAACCCAUGGUACAAAUGAAGUUAUUGUCAUUGACUCGGAUGAUGACGAGCCAAGUGUUCCGAGGCCUAUCCAACCAGACCCAGAUGUGGCAGCAUUGAAUAAUCCUACUAAGCAAGUUCCACUGACGCCGCUUUUGGUACCUGAAGAGGUAAGGAACAAGUCUUCGCGUAAAAGAAUUAUUUCCUUGGCACAACUAUACGCGGAUAAGAAGGAAGCUGAUAUGGAUGGUCAAGCCUCCAUGCAAAAGCCUUCGGGGAGAGUUGGUGAUGUGGAGGGCGAUGUGGAGAGCGAAGAAGAUAAGAUGGAAGAAGAUGAUGUGGAUAGUGAAGAAGAUGACGUGGGGAGUGAAGAAGAUGAGAUGGAGAGUUCAGAUGAUGUGGAGAUUGAAGAUGGUAAUAACAUAGAAGAAGAUGAUGUAGAAGUUGAAAAUAAGCAUGAUAAGGGUGUGUAUGUUGGUGUUGAAGAGGAUGAAAGUAAUUCACAAUCUGACACUAACCUUUAUGGGGAAGCUGAUCUAUGGAAUGAAAUGAGUAUUGGAUUAGAGUCCUUAAAGGAAAUACAUCCUUCAUCUGAUCAAAAGUCAAGUGAAGAUGAACAAGAGUGUGAUCAUUCAUAUAUCUUGAAAGAUGAUAUUGGUUAUGUCUGCCGAGUUUGUGGACUAAUCCAAACGCCUAUUGACUCCAUAAUUGAGUUCCAGCGUCCCAAGAGCUCAAAGAGUAUUAGAACAUAUUACUAUGAAGGCCAAAAGAAUAGAUCAGGAGAUGCUAGUCUUGAUGGUGUGAAGUUAGCCGAAACUGAGUUUAGUGCGCUUGAAUUUACUGUUCACCCGAGGCACCAAAGGCAAAUGAAACCGCAUCAAGUUGCAGGCUUCAAGUUUCUCCUAAGCAACUUGGUGUCAGAAAACCCAGGUGGUUGCAUUCUUGCUCAUGCUCCGGGAUCCGGUAAAACAUUCAUGCUAAUCAGCUUCAUUCAGAGCUUCAUGGCCAAGUAUCCAGAUGCCAGACCACUGGUGAUCCUCCCAAGGGGCAUUUUGGGAACAUGGAAAAAGGAGUUCAUCAAGUGGCAAGUUGAAGACCUCCCGUUGUUGGAUAUGUACUCACUGAAAGCUGAAGGUAGAACUCAACAAUUACAAGUGCUAAAAAAAUGGGCCAACCAGAGAAGCAUUUUGUUUCUUGGAUACCAACACUUCUCCUCAAUAGUUUGUGACAAUGACACAAAGCCCGAAUCAGUUAACUGCCAAGAGAUAUUGUUGACCCGCCCGUCACUCCUGAUACUAGACGAAGGCCACACCGCGAGGAAUAAACAAACAAAUAUUUACAUCGCUAUCGACAAGGUGCAAACCCCUAGGAAGGUAGUUCUUUCUGGAACCCUGUAUCAAAAUAACGUCACUGAGGUUUUCAACACUUUAAACCUCGUCCGCCCAAAGUUUUUGAAAAUGGAAAAGUCGAAAGCUAUAAAAAGGCGUAUUCUGAGCAUGGUCGAGUUCAAAAGCCACACAAAAAAGGAUACAGAGAAUGAGUUUUAUGAGUUGGUGAAGCAUACCCUGCUUAAAGAUGAUAACUUUAAAAGGAAGGUGGCUAUCAUAGAAAAUCUACGUGAGAUGACUAAUAGUGUCCUACAUUAUUACAAAGGAGAUCUCUUGGAUGAACUACCAGGCCUUGUCGACUUUUCAGUCUUUCUCAAACUCACACCAAACCAAGUACGUGCGGUUUCAGAGUUAAAGAAAGUGGCCCGGAACAACCCCUUCAAAGUAAGCAGUGAUGGGAGUGCAAUCUAUGUGCACCCUGGGCUGGAAUCUAGCUUAAAGAACUCGGGCUCUAAAGAAAGAAACGAUGAGAUCGAUGAGAAGAUUGAUGAGCUGCUAGAGAAUGUAGACGGGACUGAAGGAGUCAAAGCUAAGUUUUUUAUAAACAUGCUUCGCCUGUGUGGAUCUGCAGGAGAAAAGCUUUUAGUGUUUGGUCAGUUUUUGUUGCCUCUAAAGUUCUUGGUGAGACUCACUGUUAAGACCAAGGGUUGGAGUGUUGGCAAACAGAUAUUCAUGAUAACCGGGGAUCACGACAACGAUGAGCGUGAGCUAGCAAUGGACCGGUUCAACAACUCCUCUGAAUCCCGAGUCUUUUUUGGAUCUAUAAAAGCUUGUGGUGAAGGGAUAUCACUUGUUGGGGCCUCCAGAAUCAUAAUUUUGGAUGUCCAUUUAAACCCGUCUGUUACCCGCCAAGCAAUAGGCCGGGCUUUUCGACCCGGUCAAAUGAAAAAGGUCUACGUAUAUAGACUGAUUGCUGCUGAGUCACCCGAAGAGGAAGACCAUGCCACCUGCUUCAAGAAGGAGUCAAUUGCUAAGAUGCUGUUUGAAUGGAAUGAGUACUGUGGUCAUCAUGAUUUUAAGAUGGAAACAAUCAGCGUUGAAGAUUGUGGUGAUCGCUUUCUGGAAACCGCGUGUUUGAAUGAAGAUAUAACCACCGUCUCGAAAAGAUGAUCGCGCACAAACGAAGAACGCGAUAGAUGUUGUUGGUUGUUUUUUUCUAUAUUUAAACUCACAGCUGCUUGUUGAUGAUAAUGGGCUAACAUCUGAACCAUAUAUGCGACUAAUAGUAUGGAACUAAAUAGGUAUUAACAUUUUUCUAUAGAAUCUAUGGAUGAACCAAUCCAUUUAAUCAGUUUA